AGUUCUUGCUGCGUUGGAGUUUGUGUCUCAGCUGCGCAUAAUAUCCCUAGGUGUCUCUGCGGCAGCAUCAAUGCCAUUGUGACUUGCAACCGCCACGGGAGCCCCAGGGAUUUGGCCAGGGGACCCUAUAAACUGGGAAAUGGACUCAGUGGCUUAUGAGGAUGUGGCCAUAACCUUCACCCUGGAGGAGUGGGCUUUACUGGAUCUUUCACAGAAGAAACUGUAUAGAGAUGUGAUGUGGGAAACCUUCAGGAACCUGGCCUCAGUAGGAGAGAAAUGGAAGGAUCGUGAUAUUGAAGAUCAGUACAAAAAGCAGGGGAAAAAACUAAGAAGUCAUAUGGUAGAGAGAAUCAGUGAAGAGAAGGAGGGUAGUCAAGGCAGAGAAAUCUUCACUCUAAAUUCAGAUCUAAAUCUGAAUGAGAAAACUCUUGUUGGAGUAAAACCAUGGGAAUACAGUAUGUGUGGAAAAGUCUUAAUACAGCAUUCAUCUCAUAAUGGGAACAUCAGAUGUCACAAUGGACUCGAGCCCUCUGAGUAUCAGAAAAUUGGAGAGAAGCCAUAUAAAGAUGAUGUAUGCAAGAGAGACUUCAGUUAUUGCCAGUAUUUUGAAAAGCAUGAAAAAAAUCACGAUGGAGAGGAAACUUCUGAAUGUAAAAUAUGUAGUAAAGCCUUCAGUUCCAGUUAUGUUCAAGUACAUGAAAAAACUCAUACUAGAGAGAAACUAUAUGAAUGUAAACAAUGCGGUAAAGCCUACAGAUGUUAUAAUUCCUUAAAAACACACAAAAGGACUCACGUAAGAGAGAAACCUUAUGCAUGUAAGCAAUGUGGUAAAGCUUACAGGGAUUACACUUCCUUAAAAACACAUGAGAGAAGUCACACUGGAGUGAAACCCUAUGAAUGUAAAACAUGUAGAAAAACAUUCAGUUGUCUCGGCUAUCUUCGAAAACAUGAAAGGACUCACACAGGAGUGAAACCCUAUGAAUGUAAGCAAUGUGGUAAAGCCUACAGAGAUUACACUUCCUUAAAAACACAUGAGAGAAGUCACACUGGAGUGAAGCCCUAUGAAUGUAAAACAUGCAGAAAAGCAUUCAGUUGUCUCGGCUAUCUUCGAAAACAUGAAAGGACUCACACAGGAGUGAAACCCUAUGAAUGUAAGCAAUGUGGUAAAGCCUACAGAUACUGCAGUUCUUUAAACAUACACAAAAAGACUCACACUGGAGAGAAACCCUGUAAAUGUAAGCAGUGUGGAAAAACCUACAGAUAUCACAGUUCCUUAAAAACACACAGAAGGACACACACAGAAGUGAAACACUAUGCAUGUAAGCAAUGUGGUAAAGCCUACAGAGAUUACAGUUCCUUAAAAACACAUGAAAGAAGUCACACUGGAGUGAAACCCUUUGAAUGUAAAACAUGUAGAAAAGCAUUCGGUUGUCUUAACUAUCUUCGAAUACAUUUAAGGACACACACAGGAGUGAAACCCUAUGAAUGUAAGCAGUGUGGUAAAGCCUACAGAGAUUACAAUUCCUUAAAAACACACGAGAGAAGUCACACUGGAGUGAAACCCUAUGAAUGUAACACUUGUAGAAAAGCAUUCAGUUGUCUCAGCUAUCUUCGAAAACAUGAAAGGAUACACACAGAGAAACCUUAUAAAUGUAAGCAACGUGGUAAAGCUUACAAGAAUUACACUUACUUAACAACACAUGAAAAAAGCCAUACUGGAGUAAAACCCUAUGAAUGUAAAACAUGUAGAAAAACAUUCAGUCAUCCCAGUUAUCUCCAAAAACAUGAAAGAAAUCACACUGAAGAGAAACCUUGUGAAUAUAAACAAUGCGGUGAAGCCAGAUAUACUUCCUUACAAUCACAUGAAAGGAUUUACACGAGAAACCUUACAAAUGUAAGCAAUGGUAAAGCAUACAGAGAUUACAGUUCCUUAAAAACAAGUGAAAGAAGUCACACUGCUGUGAAACCCUAUGAAUGUAACACAUGCAGAAAAGCAUUCAGUUGUCUCAGCUAUCUUCGAAAACAUGAAAAGACUCACACAGAGAAACCCUAUAAAUGUAAGCAAUGUGAUAAAGCUUACAGGAAUUACACUUACUUAACGACACAUGAAAAAAGCCAUACUGGAGUGAAACCCUAUGAAUGUAAAACAUGUAGAAAAAUAUUCAGUCGUCCCAGUUAUCUCCAAAAACAUGAAAGAAAUCAUAUUGAAGAGAAACCUUGUGAAUAUAAACAAUGUAGUGAAGCCAGAUAUACUUCCUUACAAUCACAUGAAAGGAUUUACAUGAGAAAUCUUACAAAUGUAAGCAAUGGUAAAGCAUACAGAGAUCACAGUUCUUUAAAAACACGUGAAAGAAGUCACACUGCUGUGAAACCCUAUGAAUGUAACACAUGCAGAAAAGCAUUCAGUUCUUCCAAAUAUCUUCAAAAACAUGAGAGGAUGCACACAGGAGUGAAACCCUAUGAAUGUAAGCAACGUGGUAAAGGCUGCAAUGAUCACACUUCCUUAAAAACACAUGAAAGAAAUCACAUUGGAAAAAAAACCUUACAAAUGUAAAACAUGUA